CGCCAGGGAACACAAACAAUGGACAUUCCGCUGCCGGGCGGGGGCGGCGAGGUCUCGGAGGACUACUCCCCGGCGGCCACCGUCGUGCCCUUCGACCCGCCCCUCCCUCUGCUUCGCGCGCCAGUCCCUUCCUCUUCCUCCGCCGACCCCCCCGUCCUCGCCUUCCGCGACGCCGCGAGCUGGCGCGCCGCCUGGGAGGCUGCCGAGGCCAGCCUCUUCUCCCAGUGCGAGGCUGGUGCACGCUCCGGCUGUUCAAUCACUGCAACACGAAAAUGCAAGCCCCCCUGGUGGAAAGGUUUGUUUGGAGGUGCAACAACCAACUAUCAAGAAAGAGAAGAAUGUGAAGAACGAGAAAUGGCCUCUUGUCUUGAAUCAGCAAAGGAGGCUUGCAUUAAGUUUUCAAAGCAAAAAUGUAAUGCACCGUUCCAAGAUGCAAGGAUUGCCUCUGAAGGCCUCCUUGAAAAUACAGAUUUUGUUGUCUGGGAUGCUGGGCGUAACAAGACAGCAUCAGCAUCCUCAUCUGUUGUAAACAGCCGCUACUCAUCCAAUCCUGGGCUUGGUGUUACAAACUACAAAGGAAGUGACUUGCUAGACAGCUUAGCAUCUGAAGGCAAUAGCAACUCAGGGCGAUGAAUUAUCAAAGGCACCACUGUGGUCAGCGCUCAGGAGAUCGCACAUAUUAUUUGGAGCUGGAUUCAUCAUCAAUGAAAUAAUGGUAUGGCAUUUUCGAGGUCUGUGUUCUCCUAUUAUUUGGUUUUCUGUUGCUACAGUUGGCUCCGUGGCAAGAAAAACAGACAUAUUUGAUAGAAGAAGACUGCGGCUGCGAGGCUUGAGAUUGAAUGGCUAGCAUUCUGAAGUCUCGCGAGGCCAAGAAGAUUAAGAAUAUUUGGAUAAUGUUUCCUGCCACUGUCUUGGCCGUUUCUGUUGAUUUUGAUGCUGGGCAGAGGCGACACAAGAUGCAAAAGAUGUACAUCAAAUGCAUAAGGGGUGUAAUGUGUAGCAGUAGCAGUAUCGGUGAAUAUGUAGUAGUCCCUCCGUUCCUAAAUAUAAGUCUUUGUAGAGAUUUCACUAUGAAUCACAUACGGAUGUAUAUAGAUGCAUUUUAGAGUGUAGAUUCAUUCAUUUUGCUCCGUAUGUGGUCUAUAGUGAAAUCUCUCCAAAGACUUAUAUUUAGGAACGGAGGGAGUAUAUGUUAAUCAUUUGUUGCUGUAAAUAAAUCACGCCCAGCUGAAGUCGAUGAAAACCACACUAUCCAAGUGCCCAUCUGGUUGUUUUAUCUUUCAGAAAAGAUGCUCAUAUACCAAAGACAACAUUCUGAAACAACCAUGGCUACACUUGUCA